AUGCUUACUUCGACUCAGCCGUAUGCCGACAUCUUAGGAGGCCCAGCACGCAUAUCGCUAUCCAAUGACCCGGCGUCUCGUCUAGUCCGGCGUUCUUUCAAUGCAGCAGCAGCGCCUAUAAGCGUGCCCUUGGGUCACAGGAUACCUUCAAAAUCCUGGGAUAGCCACAUGCACGUCGUGGAACCCAAGCACUUCCCUAUUUCUCCGAAGGCAGUAUACCAGCCUACCACCCAUACCUUGGAAGAUGCACUUUACUUCGAGUCGACGUUGGGAGUGGAGAACCUUGUCUUUGUGCAACCAUCCAUCUAUGGAACCGACAACUCCUGUCUUCUAGCCGCCCUGGCUAAACUCGGCCCUUCCCGUGGUCGCGGAGUCGUGGUGAUUGACCCCGACAACAUUCAAACAGAAACGCUGGAUGAGUGGCAUACCCUGGGUGUUCGUGGUCUCCGUGUGAACCUCCAGUCUGUGGGCAAGGUCAUGAAUCAGACCGAGUUGGAACAGGAGCUGCUUCGACACGCCGACAUUGCGCGGCCUCGGAACUGGAUUAUCGAAAUGUACGUUCCUUUAAAGAUGGUGCCUAUGCUCGAAUCCAUCGUGCCUCGGCUCGGCGUCACCGUCUGCAUCGACCAUUUCGGAAGCCCUGAACUCUCUUCGAUCUCAUGGGCCAAGGAGGCCCUGCCCUUCGACCCAUACAACCUUCCCGGGUUUGACUCCUUGAUCUCCCUGAUUCGCCAGGGAAACACCUACAUCAAGGUGUCCGCCCCUUACCGCCUCACCAAGGACCGUCAUAUGCGUGAUCUCAAGGCCAUGGCCUGCGAGUUUCUCUCUGCGGCACCGGACCGAGUCAUCUACGCCACGGACUGGCCUCAUACUCGUUUUACCGGUGUCGACAUCAGCCCUUUCACACAAUGGUGCCUGGAUCUUUGCACUCACGAACCUGGACUCGCAGAGAAGCUGUUCCGCAGAAACACCGAGAGAAUGUUGGACGUCAAGUCUGACUAG